UAUUCCUUUGACACAACUUCUUAUCUCUAUUUAACUUCAAAUCACACCAUUUUACAAAGAGAAUUGGUAUCAAAGUACGAUUGAGAUGAUGGAGAGAUUGCCACAUUUGAUCAUCUUCCUCGGUGUAUUUCUUAUGGCUUUGGCAUCGGUCGAUGCAAAGGUCAAGUCAGUUUUUGUGUUCGGGGACUCCCAAUUUGACCCGGGUAACAAUCAAUACGUCAAGAAUUGCAAACUUACAGCCAAUUUUAAACCUUAUGGUUCGAGUUUCUUUCACUAUCCCACGGGACGGUUCACCAAUGGUCGAACCGUUGCGGAUUUUAUUGCACAAUAUUUAGGGAUCAAGUUCCAAAAACCAUACCAAGAGGUAUACCGACUGUUAGCGAAGGAUAGCCGGAUGCCUUUCCCCUCCAACGGACUCAACUUUGCGAGUGCCGGAAGUGGACUCUUGCCGAAUACAAAUGAGAAAGCAGGUGUGACAUCAAUCCAAGUCCAACUACAACAAUUCCAAGCCUUACUAGCAAAACCUCCACAUUUGAAAAACUCUACUCAUCAACAUAUACACAGAAAACAAAUUCAUGAAUCUUUAUUUUUCGUCAUAUCCGGCGGAAAUGACGUGUUUUCCUAUUUCCUAUUGCCCGGGGCAUCGAAUAUGACUAUGGAAACCUAUGUACAUGCCAUGUUGAAAGAAAUGGUCCGCUUCACAACCAAAAUCUACAUGUAUGGAGCUCGUAAGAUUGUUCUUUUCUCAUUGGGCCCGAUAGGGUGCAUUCCUGGAAGAGUCCUCAUACGUGGUACACCUACUAACCGGUGCCUUGAUAAGAUGGACGAGAUGGCUGGAUAUUUUAAUGCUGGCUUGAAACGUUUUGUAUAUAGCAUACCUAGAAGGUAUCCUGGUGCAAUCGGUCUAUACGGAGCAGUGUAUGACACUGCACAAAAGUAUCGUGACAACCCAAAAGAAUAUGGUUUUGCCAAUAUAAAUGAUGCAUGUUGUGGUAAUGGGCCCCUAAAUGGAGUGUUGCAGUGUGGGUUAUUAGGUUACAAGAUGUGUAGAAACCCACAUGAGUACUUCUUUUGGGAUUAUUUUCACCCAUCCGAGCGUACUUAUAUGCUCAUUGCCAAGGCAUUUUGGGCUGGAGACAAACAUGAAAUAUCGCCCAUCAAUCUGAAGACUUUGGUCCACAUUUACAAUAAGACCUUACCAAUCCCUUGAAGUUCAUUUUUAUUUACAAAUUUAUGUGUUUGGAUAGUUGAAUAAAGGGGUUAUUAUGUGAUAUAUAAAUUGACUAUUGUCAGAAUUGUGCUAUCAAAUGAUGAAAAGUAACUAUAUAUGAUAUACUAUUUCACGAA